GGAUCCCUUUGGAUUUCUCUUCGUGACAAAGGGGGCAAGCUGCGACCACAAAGAGUCCGAGAGAAGAACGUGCCAAACCUGCCCACUGCCUGCCCCCCAGGGAGAUCCUCUGUUUCUUUUUAAGGGCAUUUCGGCCUUAAUUAUGCCCAAUUGUCAGUGACUUCUGCCUGCAUCAUGGAUAAGUUUAUCAUACGGAAACCCAGAUCUGAAAGUCAAGUCAAGAAAAAGGUUUCUGGAGAAAAAAAUUAUAAACAAGCCACUAUAGAGUCUCUAAAGAGGGUCGUGGUUGUUGAAGAUAUAAAAAGAUGGAAAUCUAUGCUAGAGCUUUCAGUUCAGUCUAAGGAGAAUCUAAUUGAGGCCUUAAUGGAAUUACAGAAGAAAGUUCCAUCUAAGGAAGUUUUACUUGCAACAAAAAUAGGUCAUACAGUGAAUAAGAUGCGCAAGCAUCCAGACCAGGAUGUAGCUGCUCUUGCCAAGGAUGUUUAUACCAAAUGGCGAACUUUCAUCAAAGAACAUUCAGACAGGCCCUCAAUAGAAGUGAGGAGUGAUCCCAAAACAGAGGGACUUCGCCAAAAUGCCCAGAAGCUAAUUGCUGAAGCUUUAGAGGCAGAGAUUGGUCACCCGCUGGCGGAAAAUAUUGAGCGAGAAGCUUUUCAUCUCUCUUCCCGUCUCAUUAACGCACCCUACCGCAGGACUGUGCGGGCCCUUGUAUUCGCUUUAAAGCACAAGCCUGAAAUUCGUACACAAGUACAAAGUGGUACACUGUCACUUAGAACAUUUGUGCAAAGCCAUAAAAAGUGACACAGAGAUUUGGAGUGCAUAUGCUGUUUCCACCAUUGUAUUAUACGACAAAAGAUGAAACCUUUUCUGUUUCUUAACUUGUCAUUGUAGUAACUGCAUAUUGGUUGGGUCAUAUUGGAAGAAUGCAAAUAUUUUAGAAAGUUCAUUCGAAGUCAAGUCUUCAUUUAUUGCAAAUAGUGGUCCACACUUUGGUCAGCAAACAGGAAUGGAGAAAGGAAUUCUCCCUCACUUUGUAAUAGCUUUGAAAGAGAUUUGGGCUAAGCAAGCAGAUUCUGCUGUUGUUUUAUAGGGUAUAGCAGAAGCCUACAGAUGUUCACUAGCGUACUUACGUUUGAAGCAGGUUAUCUGAAGCAUUAAAAAACUGUGUGGACCAAAUUAAUUUGUAAACUGCAGGCUAAUCUUGUCUGCCAUUCCCUGGGUUGCAAAGUCACUUCUCUUGUAUAAUUUCCUUAGUAUUAUCUGCUUGGCCUUCCUAUCAGCCUAGCCAAAUAAUUUCAUUCUCCAGUGUCUAUCAACAGAACUAUUGAAUUUACAUUAAGUGUUUGGAUUUUAAACAAACUAACUACUUUCUCUCCCUCAGACGGAUAGAAGCAAGGAUUAUAAUGAGAUUUUGAAGUAUAAUUUUCUAUAGGGAAAUAACCCUUUAAAAACACUUUUCUUAUAUCAUUAGCAAAUAAUGGCCAAAAUCCUGUUGUACAUCUAUGCCUGUGCAACCCGUUGCACAAGAAGUUGUGAAAUUCACACCGAGGUGGGAGCCAUAUCCAGCAAGCAGAAAAUUACUUGCAUACCACAUAGUGGAGAUCCCUGAUGGAAUUUUGCGUGCUGUCUUAGCAAAGCUCUUUCUUCUAUGGUCUUCUGACGUGACAGGUACUGUGGGAAAAUUUUGGCUCCUCCUGAUUGGCUUUCAACAAACUCCAGUAGUUUGGUAGCCUAGGGCAGUGGUUCCCAUCCUUGGAUCCAAUUAGACUAAAACAUCUAGAAGACUUCACCACUAGCUGUGCUGGCCAGGAUUUUUGGGAAUUGUAAUCUAAGAAUAUCUGGGGACCCAAGGUUUGGAACCAAUAACCUAAGGAGAAUGAUGAGCUGUCUUAAUUUCUCUGUUCCCAAACACAUUAAUCCAUAGAGUACCUUGCUUACCUAAAGUCAUUCUUGGCUCAGCAGAAAGAAGGCUCCUCAGCAAUUCAUCCAAUCAUCUGUCUGCUAAAGAAUGACUGUUUCUAGUUUACAGUGAGCCUAGCAGCUCUGGAGUGGCAUCAGAUCUUUCAUUCUGUUAGGUCUUAGCCUUGGACAUAAGAUACAUAAUUUGAGAAAAUAAAGAGAAGGUGAAAACAGUAUACUGAAGACCUACACAGAAGAGCUAAAAGUAUGCCAGGCGCCUUUGAAAAAGAAUCCUAUGAUGAAAAAACUGCAUUUCUAGAAAAUGAAGUGAAAGCUGCUCUGAAAGCACUAUGAAGAAAUAAAU